AUGGCGCUGCUGCGGGCGCUGCUCCUGCUGCUCUCCAGCCCGCGGUUCGUGGAGCGGCUCUCGGAGUCGCGGCCCAUCCGCGCCGCCGCCCGGGUCACCGCCAGCGCCCUCACCCGCGGCCAGCGCGACCUGGCCCCGCGCCUGCUUCGCCUGCGCGACGCCUUCCUCGCCGAGCUCAAGGACGGCGCCCGCGCGCGGGGGUGGCCGUGGCCGCGCGGGCCGGGCCGCGGCGGCCGCCCCGGAUCAGCGCCGUGAUCGCCUCUUGGAGCGGGAGGCAGCUGCGGACAGCGCCGGGAGGAGACGGGAACCGCCGCCGCUUCCCUGCGCCGAGCGCACGGAGAGCGCUGCAACCGGCGGGUGAAGGACCUCGGGAGCAGGUGACAGCGGGGCCCCGCGGCCGCUGCGGAGCCCGGCGGUGGCCGGGACGCGGAUGGCGAGCUGCGGACUGGACGGUGCGUUCCUCAUCGCGCGGCCUGGAGCGACUCCUCGGGAGAGCAUGAACACGGGAAGCUGUUCCGCAUCGGUUUCAUGGAUUUCCAUUUCAAAGACAGGAUACGCGUCCCACGGUUCUCAGGAACAAGCAGACUCACUUUCUAAUCACCCACAAUGCUGUGAAGAUUGUCACUUGAAGCGCUUGAUGAGAAACUUGAAAUAAAAUAACAAUUCUCACAGGA